GCAUUUCAAACGCCGAAGUCCCUUCUCCACGGACCAAGCGCUAGGGUUUACACCUUUCCCCUCCCCUGCGCCCAUCCACCCAUGGCCGCCACCGCCGCCGACGCGUCCGCCGAGGCCACCGACAUCGCGCGGCGCCUCGCCUCCUGCAACGCCGGCACCCGAGAGCGCGCGGUCCGGCACCUCCUCUCCGACUUCCUGCCCGCCUCCGCGCCGCGCCUCUCCGCAUCCGACCUCCUCAAGCUCUGGAAGGGCCUCUUCUUCUGCUUCUGGCACGCCGACAAGCCGCUCUACCAGUCCGCCCUCGCCUCCCGCCUCGCCUCCGCCGUCUCAGCGGCCCCCUCCCCCACCGCCGGCGCCGCCUUCCUGUCCGCCUACCUCUCCACCCUCCGCCGCGAGUGGGCCCACAUCGACGUCCACCGCCUCGACAAGUUCUACCUCCUCAACCGCCGGUUCCUCCACCACACCUUCCUCCUCCUCACCGCCAACUCCUUCGCCCCCGACAUCACCUCUCAGACCAUAUCCGUCCUAUUAGAUAAGGCCCUGUUCCCGGAAGUCGACAGCGUCGCCGCUGUCUCCUCCCGAGGCCUUGGGUACCAUGUCGCUGAGGCGUUUCUUGACGAGCUCUUGCCUGUACUCCCGGUGAGCUUGCAGACAAUGGGCACACUGUUGGCUCCGUUCUUCACUGUGUUGGAGAAGUCGUCCGAUCGGGUGAUGGUGAAUAAGGUCAAGGCUGGUGUAUUUGAGAGGUUCCUGGAGAGUGGCAGUCAAUUGCUAGAGAUGGUGAAGAGGGGGGAGGAGGUGGAGAAGGGGAGUGCUGAGGAGCAGCUCGGGAAAGUUGGACUGUUGUUUGGAUUCAGCAAGAGGUUCCUGGAUAUUGGGUCAAAGACUGAGACGAUACAAGUGAACCGGAAGGUGGUGUUUGGGUUGAGGGAUGCAUUUGUGAAGGUCGAAAAGGGGUUGCAGCUGUCUGGUGUUGAGAUUCCUGUGCCGGAGUUUGAGGCUACUGAGGUGCCAGUGGUGGCGAGGGUGGACUGUGACAUGGAUUUGGGUGAGGCAAAGGUCGAAAAGAAGAAGAAAAAGGCCAAGAAGUCUGUGUCGGUUGAAGGUGAGAAGGAAGGGGCUAAGGCUUCGAAGCAUGAGAAGAAGGUAAAGAAGGACAAGAAGGAGAAGAAAGAAAAGAAGAAAAGGAAUAAGAUGGAGGUUGUUGACGGAGGGGAUGUCGCGGAGCAGAGUACAGAUGCUCCUGCAGAGGACCAGCAGAUGGGUGAUGGUACUGAUGGCAUUACAUUUGAUGAGACAUUAAUGUCCAAUCUUCAGAAGCAGUUUGAGAAGGCGGCAGCAGAAGCUGGGAUGGUCAAUGGUGGUGGCAGCUCAAGUGCUUCACCAGCAACUCCAGUUAAUGGGAAAGUGGCAAAGAAGAGGAAGCGAUCAAAAUCUGCAGAUAGGUUGUCUGAAGUUUCUGACGGGGAUAAUGGUAGUGAAGGUAAUCUUCUUUCCCAGGAGGGAGAGAAGAGUGGUAAGAAGGUGAGGUUCUCGAUGAAGAAUAAUAUAGUUUGGAAACCUCACAAUCCUUUGCCACCGCAGUGUUUGAGACUGCCACCAUCUGCUACUCCAAGAGGAAGUGCACUAAAAAAGGGAGUUCAGCCUGGGCCCAUAAAAGAAACCCCCACGCCAUUGAAGAAGGCUAAGCCAAAGGCAAAAUCUGCGAAGAAGAUCUUGAAGAAGAAACCGUCUGCUGUGAAGCGGUUGCGGAAGUUGCAAAGCUUCUCAGCAUGAUCACUUCAAUGGUAAAUUGAAUAAAAUUCUUACCAUGUAGUUAGAAGUUUAGUACAAAGGAUGCAGAUGUUUAAUAGCUUCAUCAGUUGUCCUGAGACCUGACCUGUCUCUCCACAGAUUGGCAUAUAUUCUCUAUAAA